AUGCGUUACUUUUCCCUUCCCUAUCUUCGAAGGGGGACCUGGCUAUGCACCCUAAAGCUGUCUCGUUCGGCUCAUUGCUGUAAGCCAUAUAGGCUCAUAAAGGCCCAUGCUCAAGACAGUGCAAACCAAGUUAGCUUAACAAGGGCCAUUAGAAUGUAUUGCCCCCUUAAGAGCAUAGGUUAGUGAAGUGUUGCAUUCUUUUAUGUGCUUGCGUACUCUUGUAAUGGAAUUGAUACAGCUUAUAGAUCAUUAGUUUCAAGGUGGCAUUUUCUGUUAGUAUUUAUAAAGCCUGCAUGAAGAUAUUAAAAAAAGCACGUGCACUCAAUCAGAAUUGGAGUUAAUUUUUAUGGUUAUAAUGUACCAAAAAUUUAGUUAAUGAUCCUUUUCGUUCAUUUCAAUUUGAUACAUUAGAAAUCUACCUUAGUUGGUCAGUAUAUAUAUGUGGCAUGGAUUACUUGUAAAGGAAAACUCCUUAGAGAGAUUGUCUAACAGGGUAUUCUUGCUGUGGUUGUUAUGGAAUAUCACCAUUUUUCCCCUUUUGAAUUGUUCUUUAUUAGCCAAUGGCCCAGUGAUCUACACUUCGGAAAAAGAAGGGAGUGAUGAGUCUGGAGAUGGAUCUGCUCAAAAACCAUUUAAAACUGUUAUGCAGGUAUAUCUUCCACCAUGACACAAUUUAGUUUACAUUAAGUCAAUUAUUCUGAUGCUGUUUAGUUGUUGGUUUGGAAAUACAUUGAAUAUAACUGAUGGGAACAUGUGGCAUUUUUUCCUUGUUCAAGGCUUUGCGCAUCACUGAUGGAGAGGAACCUCUUCCUCAAAUUAUGGUGGAUGGGAAAGCUGAUGGAGAGGUAUUGACAGUGCUCGUUAAUUUACUUUCUCUUCAAAACUUCCAGCUUAUUAUAAAAUGAAUUGGUUUUUUAUUUCUGGGCAAUUGAGAAUUGUUUCUGACCUUCCCCUUCUUUGACAAUCCUUGUUCCUCUCUGUUCCUGCAGCUCUUUACCAAACAUUCCUUCUUUUUGUUAACUUCCAGAAUUCUGAAGAACACCACAUAAUGCAUUCUUAAUUUGCUGUUAUGAGUAUUACUUAUUUCAUGUAUGAUAAAUGAUCCUGCAUAAAUUUUCAAACUAAUGAGUGCAUUUUUGGGUUGAUCAAUGUAUUUUGCUACGAUUCCAGAGGUAUGAAAAACUUGCCAAGGCUCAGCUGAAGAAAGUGACCAAGAUUUAUGCACAGGAAAAAAAGAAGUCCGAAGACAGAGAGAAGAAGGAGGUGAUGGAAUCUAUUUCUCAUUCAGUAUAAUUGAUAUGCUAAAGUGCUAAUCAAGAAUUUUGAGGCACCUUGAAGUUUCAAGGGGAAAAUAAUAGCAGUACUAAAGCUGAGACAGGAGAAGAGGUGGGAGGCCAUAAGAUGAAGGAAUCAUACACCGGCAUGACUACUUUUGAUGCAAUUUGACAUCAAACAUUCGACUGGAAUGUCCUUGUUGUCAUUGGCAUUUUGAACCAAACAAAGCAGACAGAGAGUUGUUAGGAAAUCGCACUUGGUUAGCUCAAGUUUUAGAAUGCUGGACUGUCAUGUUAGAUAUUCUAGUCUUCUUGGGUAAGGAAGAUAAGUUAUAGACCCCAUCUCCUGCAUCAUUUCUCUACUGGUUAGCUGCCCUGGGAUGUUAAGAAACCCACACACUUCUCACAAAGAGUAGGAAACGUAGCUCCCAGUGUUUUGGUCUGGCCUUACUAUUGUUUAUAUGGGCCCAAUGGGUUAAAUCAGCUCUGAGCUGAAGUGAGCCACCCUGUCUAAAUACUGAUCACAAAUACAUACAUGUUCAUACAUGAGAGAGAUUUCACCAGUGCAGGCAGUACUUUUGUAGUAACCUCACUUUACAUUCAUAGUCCUUUGAAUGUGCAGUUUUGGAGCAUAACAGUAUAAAAUUAAUGCAGUUACUAAUUAGUGUUACAUUAUGUCACAUGGUAGGCUGAAAAAGCACAGCAAAGAGAGAAGAAUCUGGAAGAGGCCAAGAAAAUUUCUAUUAAGGAGGAUGAGAGUUUGCCAAAAGCUACAAGGGUAAGCAUUUAAACACAUGCAUUGUGGUGCUCAUUACACUUUACAUAUCAUUUGCUUUUAAUCUGUACAUGGAACUUUCUUAUUUCUGGCUGCAAAAAUCCACUUGUUAUUGAACACUUAAAAUUGAUGCUGAAAAAUAAUGUGGAAGGAAAUAAGGUGCAUAUAAAUUUUGCCAUUGUUGUUGUCAGGUUUAUGUUAAACCUAAUUUGAAUUUCUUUCUAGGGUAUUCUUACUAUGAAUUGUUCAAAUUGUGUGUAUUUUUAUUUUUGAAAUAAUUUGAACAGAUACAGAUCAGUGAGUCAGUAGCUAACCGUGACAAGAGAGUGAAGGUAUUUGGUUGGGUUCACAGACUCCGAAGACAAGGUGAGUUUCUAUGUGUUUUUAGGUCACAAUUGUGGCUCCACAGAAGCUGUGGUCCUGCCAUGAUUUCCUGUAAAGUAAUUGAAAAGAUUCAAUAGCCUGAAUUUUUUUAUCUCUCUUGGUAUAACUGAAUGUUAUGGUAAGAUGAUCAGUGGAUAUGUUUUACUAUAUUCUCCCUUGUAUUUUUGCACCAGGUAAAAACCUGAUGUUUAUAGUUCUUCGAGAUGGCAAUGGGUUUCUUCAGUGUGUCUUAUCAGAUCUUUUGGUAAGCAACACAAAUUAUAUCUUUGGAUUAUUCUUGUCAAAUAAUUCAGUCAACAUGGGUACACUGUGGCUUUAAAGAUCACCCUUUUCAAAUGUGUGCAAAGUUUAAUGUUAUACAUUUAUUAUUAGAGCCAAUAGCCUCUAAUAGUUUAAUUAAUUUCCCUUUUUUUUCCUUCCAAGCAAAAUUGUAACACUUGAAUCUAUAAAUUAUUAAUAAAAUGUAAAAUUUGGUGAUCAUGUUAAAGCUAGCUAGAGUGAAUGAAUAAUAUCUUAAAUCUUGACUAUAUCUUAGAGUACUGAAUUUUUUUUUUCACUUCUCAGUGUCAGACCUAUGAGGCUGUAACAUUGGCCACUGAAGCCUCUGUGUGUCUCUAUGGUGUAAUCAAGGCACUUCCAGAAGGAAAAACAGUAAGGCACUUUUUUAUUUCUUCAUCAUCUCCUUCAAUAUUCUUUUAGGGAUAAGGUGUUCAUGAUCCUUUCCUACUUCUCUACAUCCUAGGCUUUAAGUUCUAUUUUGUUCCAUGAUGACCAUAUCAGUUUCAUUUCUUGAUCCACACCUGCUAGUCUUUUAAAAAUCCUAAGUUGCACUCUUUUUCCCUGGAUUCUAAAGAAGGCUUAUUUGGUAAUCUACUCAAUGUUUGUCUUGGAGGUGGAGGUGGAGGUGGAGCAUUUGGUUGAAAUGAAUUUCAUACGUAUCUCAGCUUAACUUAAUUUUUCCCUUCAGGCUCCAGGUGGACAUGAAAUGGCUGUAGAUUUCUGGGAACUUGUUGGGGAUUCCCCUGCUGGUGGAGUUGAUAACCUGGUGAACGAGGUCAGCAGAUCUGAGAAUGCUCAAGUUAUAAAAAUAACUUUUUAAGUCCCAUGAGUGACCAAGACAGAAAUUCUCCUCACAAUAUCAAUACAAUAUCGAGCAGACAAGAAAUAGGAAUAAAGACAAAUAUCAAUUAGGGGAUUAUUAGUUGAUUCAAUACCAAAUUCUCCAAACUAAUAUCACAAGAAUUGUAUAGCAGACAGUGAGAAGAAUUACUCAAUAAAUGAAAUCUUGAGAGUGAAAAGGUUAAAAUAAAUCGACUUCACAUUCAGUUAUUUGUAUGUAGUACAGGGUUCAGGAAAUCCUGGAAGCAGACUUUUAUAGAAGUUUUACUAUCUUUACUGUUCAUAUUCUCACCAAGAAACAUUUUUUCUAACUUUAUUACAUAUUUAAAGAUAGUUAUUCACUCACAAAGAUUGGAGCAAUUCAUUGAAGAUGUGAAUUCUCACUUCUUAUAUUUACAAGUUAGGUUUUUAUAAUGUAAGACUACAUGUAUUACUUAAUAACAUGAGUUCAGAUGAAAAAAGACUGAAACUAAAAGCUUAGCAUUGCUAAUUUAGUGUCAAUUUAUCAACAGGAAUCUGCCAUAGACACUCAGCUUGACAAUCGACAUAUUAUGCUCAGAGGUGAAACGGUGAGUUCAAUAUUGAAAUUCUGCUUUAAUUUCUCACUCCUGAAUUGACGCAUUUGCUUGUGAGGUAAUACUGACAAUACAGGUUUUGCAUCCUGACCUACAUGUAGUCAUUUUGUACAUCUUAGGUUUCCAAGAUCCUGAGAAUGCGCUCAACAGUUACACAAUGGUUAGUGAGCUACAUUUAUUUUAGAUUAAACAUAGUGUCAUGUAAACUCCACAUGUUUUGAGUGUCUUUAAUAACAGGACAUUUUUGGAAUGAUUUAGGACAGUAAUAUCACUCUUGUCACUUAAUAUGCCAUUAAUAGUCAUCAAAAAAUGGUAAAUAUCCCACAAUACUUCAUAAAUAGGCAUGUACAUGCAAUCAUUGGUUUUACAACCCUUGUAUCCUCUCUCUGAAUAUGGUAACUGGCAUGUGUUCUGUGAGAGUGGUUAAAGUAAACAUACAUACCCCCAUGGAUCACCUCUGCCAUAAUUCCUAUUGCUGCCAGGGAUCUUGGAAAAAAUACACAACAUCUAGACUCACCAUUGACAAUUUGAUGAACAUUACUAUGCAAUUAUGAAUAAUUUCUCAAGAUAUAUUCCAUUUGAAACAAGGAGACAUUUCUUUUCUGGACUAUUAUAAUGUUAGUGUCAUAAGGUUAAUACCAGAUUUUGAUCAAUUUACUGAGAGUUCAAGUUCCCAAUAAUAGAAAGCUAACUUGCAAUGAUGUAUUCAAAGAACUUCAUUGUUUUAGUUUCAGAGCUCAUUACUUCAAUCGCAGUUAUGAUGAGGUAACACAUUUGAAAGUUAAUCAGAAGUGACUAAAAGUCAAUUAAUUUUCUGUUACACAUGAUACAUACAAAUAAGUGUACAUUUUACUGGAAAAAUGAUAUUUUCUCAAUUUUUUUCCAUAAUAGGAAAUCCAUCCAACACCAUACCAUUUUCAUUUGAGAUCAUCUUAAACAAUAAUUAAGUAAUAUGUGAUGAGAACAACGAGUUAGGUUAAGUUUGAAAGAUGCAGGUAAUUAACAGAUACUCCUACUGACAAUUACCAGUAGUUGUAGUUUGAGUCAGAAAACUAUCAGUUAAUAUUAAAUUGUAUUUAUUUGCCUUCUGACAGGUAUUUCCACCUACCAUGGUGCAAACACAAGUGGAAGGAGGAUCCACUCUCUUUGAUUUCAAUUAUUUUGGUGAACCAGUAAGUUUUGAACUUUAUGUGUUGCUUAGGUACAAAAAAUUAGGUAAUUUAUAGGCCUUUGUUGGUCAAUGGGUAAUUUUCCAUCAGAUAUCAGUGUGAUACAUGUAUGUAGGAAUAUUGGUUUACUCAAGGCUAUUUAGGUGUUGUUGUUUUUUUUUUUGAGUACAAUUUCUUUGCUUGUACUGUUGACCAAUCAUCAAACACUGCAUUUUUUAUUUUUCAGUUACUCUGUGUAGGAAAUAUCUUAGUCUUUUAGUUAACAUUUUUUCAAGGCUGUGACCUUUAAAUGUGUGGCAGCUUAUUCAGAAGUACUAAGGUGUGGGAUUUCAGAGAACUUGAUCUUUUAAAAAAAGAACAAAUCUUCUGUAAUGCUGUAUAUAACUAGAGGCGUGAUUUGGAAAAGUUGAUUUUCAUUGAGAUAGUUGUGUCAGAGGCAGUUUGAAUUUCAUAAUUACAAGCACUAUUGUGAAUGUGCCUUUUGAUGAAUUUACAUAUUAAAUUGUAUCAUGUUAUUAUUUGAUUAUUAGGCAUAUUUGACACAGUCAUCCCAGCUUUACCUGGAGACAGUAAUCCCAGCACUUGGUGAUGUGUUCUGUAUUGCUCAGUCAUACAGAGCUGAACAGUCACGUACAAGAAGGCACUUGUCAGAGUAAGUGCUGGUUGGUUACCUGUAGCAAACAGGUGGAAGUUAAUUGUUAUUGUAAUCUAACACAAAAUGAUCCCAACUAAUUUGCAAGGGAAAUGUGUAGUAGCCAGAAGGGAGAAUUAACAAUCAGAUCAAGUUUAGUUGCAAGGCUGUGUUCUUGCAGAGACUGAUUGACACAGGCAACUGACAGUUGUGCAAUUUAGGCAACCUAGAUUUGUAACACGAGCCUUCAAGCAUCCAUUGACUCAUCUAAAAGAGCAAAAACUAGAAAAAUAAAACAAAUUCAAACUGUGGCACCCAAUAUAUGCCCAUUGCUUUAAAUGCAGUCUGCUUAAGCAGUCAAUUGUGGUUAGCAUGCCCAUGUAGCACUUGGUUCCCACUCCUUGAUUCUAGUCCAGAAUUUCAGCAUUCAUUGUGCAAACAUGAUGCCAGGCUACAUGAUUUUAAAUGAUUAAAAUUGCCUUGAUAUUAGCAGGCAAGUCAAGAAUUUAAAGAAAGUGACAAAACUUUUGAGUCUGUAAAACACGUUUCAACAGAAACUUCUGUCAUCUUCAGUUAAUUACUGUACAAAGUGUUGGAAGUUGAAUUAUAUAGUAUGUAGAACAACUAACUAACAACUUUAGAUUAAAAGUGCAUUUUCACAUCAAAAAGCAAUUAUAAUUAUUUCUUCACUUUGCAGAUACACUCAUGUGGAAGCUGAAUGUCCUUUUAUAUCAUUUGAUGAUCUCCUGGACAGAAUUGAAGAUUUGGUAUGGAAGCACACUUGAUCUGUUUAUUGGUUUGGCUUUCUGAUUGCUUAUCAUCCAAGUGUCAUAUUUUAUAACAAUGUUAUGUAAACUGAGACCAUCAAUUAAUUUUUGUACUUCUGUUUGUCCUUUCAGGUAUGUGAUGUUGUGGAUAGAGUGCUGAAAUCUCCACAUGCAGACAUACUCAAAGAAUUUAAUCCAGUAAGUACAGGCGAGAAAUCUUUAGAAAACCGCAGAAACUGAUCCUGCUUAAGUAACACAAUAAAAUUUGUUAUUAGAUAGAAAAGGUACAAAGUCAUUACUAACUUAUAAAAAAGCACUUAUUGAAAAAUUUGAUCAGGAUAAUGUUUAUACUUGGAAAUCAUUGUGUCCUAAGUGCUAUUCCAUUAGGAAUUUAAGCACUUUUCGUCAGUGUUCUUUUUAGUAGAUAUUAAUUAUUAUUAGUCUUUAAAUAAGAAUUGAUAUAUAUUUUUUACUUGUAAAUUCUUAUAGUUAUAUACAUAUAUUUUGAUAUUUUUAGUGAAUUAUCUAUUUUAUUCAUAUUUUGCUUAAAUUCUCCCCUACCGUUAUUUUUAUUGGGCUUUCACCUAGUUGGAGCUUGCUCUGUCGUGACUGUCCCUUACUGAGUUUUCCUCUUCACUAUUGUUAUUUUCAGUUUUCUUCUUCUUCUUACCAAUUUACAUUACCUGUCAUCAAACUAUUAUUUAUUAUAUUUAUAUGUUAUGUACUUACGGUAAAAAUGGUUAUAAUUAGUUAUUAGUUCCUAAAAUGAAACAUGCAUCAUUCUGUAACUCUGAGUUUUGUAUUAUUGUAUGACAAAUACUUUUCACAAAUCUGUCUAAGUUACGAAACUCAGAGUUACUGGGAAGUCAAAUAAAUAAAAAAUAAAUAACAAUGAUUAUAAUUCAGUUACUAUUAAUAAUGAUCAUUUACUAAUAAUAAUUUUUUUGGCAAUAAUUAUCAUUUAUGUUAAUAAUUUAGCUCUAAUGUGCAAGGCAGAAGAAAAACAGAUGGAGGGUUUAUCAAAAUAUUUGUAUGUUAAGAUAACAAUUAGUGCCUAGAAGGUAGCCUGAUUAUCCCAAGGACUUUUAACUUACAUGUGAAAUCUUUUGUGUUCUUUCAGGAUUUUAAGCCACCCAAGAGACCAUUCAGGUAAGUCCAUGAGCACUGCAUGAAUAUAUUUAGAUUGUUUUAAAAAGAGUUAUCAUGUGUUUUGGAUUGAAUUCGCAUUUUCAAUUUACAAAACUCCAAAUAAUUUUUCUUCUUUAUUGGGUAAUUCUUAUAUAUUACAACUUACAUUUUUUUCCAUUAGGAGAAUGAACUACAGUGAUGCCAUCAAAUACCUGAAAGAACAUGACAUUAAAAAGGAGGAUGGCACCUAUUAUGAAUUUGGAGAGGUGUGCAAUUUCAGUAGAUUGCUGAGUAAAAAUAUAGACAUUUGAUAUCGAUUUCAAGUUGAUAUGUCAACAGUUCUGAGGAUCCACCUCAUAGAGUUUCAAAAUUUUUUUUCAAUGUGGAUACUGCUUUAAAUUCUCAGAGGUGCCUGAUAAUAGAGUCCUUUACUAUUCCAAAACUACUAAAUAGCUGUAAAAACAACUUGAAAUACUAGUGCUUAUUAUUUGAGGUAAGUUGCAACAUGCUGUACAAGAAUUACAAAAUUGUGUAGGCUAUUCGUUUUGAUAACCCUGCACAUGGGACAGAAUGAGCCCAAGACAUCAAUUGACAUUUUUUAGAAAACCAGGAUUUUAAUUCUCUUCUCUUUUUAUUUCUUUUUUUUUUCCUUUAUUGUUUGGUACCAUGUAGUGUUCUUUUAAAUAAACAUGAGAUAAUGAACUAACUUUACAUUUACAGCCAAUGGUAAGAAGUCAUUCUCAUUAAAAGGGGUUCUCCUGAUAUACAUGUAAUUUGUGUUUUGAGAAAAGUAUGAACUUUAUUUAGAGGAAAUUAUUUAGAGUGGAAUGUACUCUGUUAGUGAUAAUCUUCUUGGGUCUCUUUGCUAAGGACAUUCCUGAGAUGCCAGAAAGGAAGAUGACAGACCAGAUCAAUGAGGUAAAUCAGUCAUUCAGUCAUUUAUAAACUCUGAAUAGUUACCAUCAUGAUAAUUUUUUUUGUAUAAUCCUUUAAUUUACUCUUAAGAUUGAUUGGUGUCUAAUUUCUCCUCACAGUAUCACCAUUGAAUCAAACACUUAGGGUUUUGAGAAUAAGAAAACAAUGGCUAACUUAAGUAGGUCUUGAUUGUACAGUAAUUUCCCCUGGUCAGUACUCCAUGAUUGAAGCACAUAGAAAAGUGUGGAGAAUAUGUAUACUGAUGUUAGGAUGUAAGGGGUUUUAAUUUUGUUGUCGUUUUUGUUUUAGCCAAUCCUGCUGUGUCGCUUUCCUACCAACAUUAAGUCUUUCUACAUGUACAGAUGUCCAGAGGACAAGGGUCUGACUGAAUCAGUAAGUACACAAGUUUUUUUUGAAAGCCUGUAAGCCAAGUUCUACAAAUGCAGAGUUAUCGUGGCUAUAAUCCAUUAUCUUAGUCAAAAUGGUUCAAACAUUUUUUUGUCUGCAUUCUUGUCAAUGUUAGUAACAAAUUAAUAGGAAUGCAUUGAAAAAACAACAACAACAACAACAACAACAACAACAACAAAACAAAAACCAAGAUUGAGAGGUUGUGGAGUGCAUCAGUCACUUUAGAUUUCCUACAGCAUCUACUACCUUUUUUGACAACAUAAAGGUUGAUAAAAUAUUCGUCAUAUCCACAUGUACAUGUAGCUUUGGAAAAUGUGACCACAAAGGUUGCAUACUGCUCAUGGGCAUCCGUGCCUUGCUCAUCAUUAAAAGUGUGCAUGUUUAACUUAGGUUGAUCUCCUGAUGCCUGGAGUUGGUGAAAUUGUUGGAGGAUCCAUGAGGAUGUGGGAAUAUGUAAGUAUUUGGAAAGGAUGACAUAUGUUUGUUCCUUACAAUUUUAGUGUAGUUUGGUGCAGCGUCCUGAUACCAUGAUCCUUGCAUCAGUGACUCCCUUAAAAAAGUAGGGCCUACAGAUAAGAGAUCUUCUAUUUAGUUAAAAUAAGUGAGAAAUUGAGUGAGCAUUUCUCCACCAUUGAACACUUAACCUUUAAAGACAUAAAUUUAGCACAAACAUUCCCAAUAAUUAAUAAUGUUUUAGUUUAACAACUUGAGGUAAAUGUGCAAUAACCUAAGUCUCCCCAUGGUUUUCAUACAUUAUCCAGCAAACAGUCAACAAGAAUACUCAAACUUAUAAGGGAAUAAUUGUUAUCUUGAUUUAACACCAAAUUCUCAUUUCUAAUUACAUAAGUGAUAGGGGAGAAUUAACUAUAAGAUCUUCAGAGUUAAAAGGGUUAAUACUAAAUUAAUUGAUCAAUUCAAGCUUCAACAUAUCCCCCCCCUCAACCACCAUCCCAGGGGCCAACAUUGUGUGUGGAUUUGGUGGCCAAUUUUUUUGCGAAAGGCAAAUAGUAACAAUCUUCUGAGCCACUCCACUUGGGAAGGAGAAAUCUUUACCUUUGGACACCUCCAUAUUUAGGUAAAAUACUUGUAUUCCACCAGAAAGACUUGACAUUUCCAGUUCAAAUCCCCCACCUCAGCCAGAUAAGGUUCAAAUCCCCCACCCACCAGGACAGACAACAGUAGAAUGCCUGUCAGUUGUUAAGGAGGGGGGGGGGAGUGGGUGGGGUGUUAAAGCUUCAAAUUGAUUGGCACAUCACCCCGUUCCUGAAUUGAUGGUUAUACCUAUGAUUUGUUUAGGAGGAGCUGCUGGAGGGUUACAAGAGAGAGGGUAUUGACCCCAGCCCUUACUACUGGUACACUGACCAGGUAUGUCUUUCCUACUGUCUUACGUAAGGUUUAAGGGCAAAUUUUUUUGCAGUGUGUUUUAUUAAUGAUUAUUGGUCACUUGUUUAGGACACUUUUAUUUGGGAUUGGGUAAAAAUGGAAUGGCCUUUGAGUAGAGCUGAGUUCAAGGACCAGUUUUAACCUUUUUACUUUUAGGGGUGAAAAAAGUGCAAAAAUACCUUGUGCAAUAAUAAUACACUGUCCAGGAAAUGGAGGGUUAGAAAGUCCUUUAUCUGAAAAUAUUGUUUUAAUCUAUACACACUCACAGUUAUUCUCACAAAUAACUAAAGAAGAAAAGACUACUUACAUGUUGGUGAAUAUCUAAAGGAAGAAUUAGCUUUCAUUGGAAUUUUUCUUCAUUGUGGUAUUUAAAGAUAAAGUGCAUCUUGUACAAGUGUUGUGAAAACAAAACUGAAGUAAUAUAAAAACAGCAAAAAUCUGGCAUGAGUUUUCUGGAGCAAUCAUGGAGGGGUAGUGAAGUAAAACAAAUGUUACUUGUACAGUAUCUGGAAUUACUUUCAAAACUUAAUUGGAAGUCUCUCUGUAUAGUAAAGCAAUGGGUUCCAACACAAGGCUCUGGAAAUAUUAAUCAAGACUAUUUAGGCAAUAAACUGCACUUUCUCAUGGUGUAAUAACCCACUUAGGUUGGUGGAACAUGAGAACGGUUUGUAACUCAUGAGCUGGAGGCUCUGUGGGAUUACUGAUGAAAAAAAAAAAAGUUUUUAGAACAGUCAGGGUUCUCAUAGUAUCUGUCAUGUUACAAAUUGAUAUAUGGACUUCAUCAAUAAUAUGUACUAAAAUCAUUCCUUUUGUUUUCACCCAAUUUUGAUGAUCAAAUUCACAAAUAAAUGUGUCCUCUUUUUUGUUCUUGUUACUCUCAGAGGAAAUAUGGUUCUUGCCCACAUGGUGGAUAUGGUUUGGGACUGGAGCGAUUCCUCACAUGGCUGCUGAACAGACAGCAUAUCAGAGAUGUCUGUCUGUACCCACGCUUUACUGGAAGGUGUCGACCAUAA